AUGUUACACCUCGCAAGAGUAUUUGCUCUGGUAUUGGUCUCGGGCAUGGUGGCGAUGCCGGCAUCGGGCGCUAGUCUGCUCACCUCGACAGCCAUCUCGGCCAACCGCAACUGGGUGACCUGCCAGAAGAACAGUGAUGGCAGCAUGCAGGCGAAAGCAGGCAGUUUUCAGCUCAGAAACCAGAUUUGCGCAUCCAAUGGCGAGCUGAGUGCCAUUCCCAGCUCGACUACGGGAUUGGUAUGGGUGGACGAGACGUCGAGCAUCGUGUUCAGCAAGACGGAUAUCGAUACUCCCUUUGACGUCGGCAUCAGCUACUACAACAUCGAUGCCUCGCUCAAGGCCAUCAGCUUCAACACAAACUACUGGAAGACCGACAACUCGCUGGACACAAACACUCCCUUCGGAGGUACUGCCACUGUGGUCGAUGUCUCGGACGCAUCGGGCACAUUGUCCGGGCCGGCGGUCCAGGCCAUGAUCCAGGCGGCUAACGACAACGCCGCCAUGGCAAGCGGUCGUCUCAUGAUCCGCUACGAGCAGAUCGGGUCAAAGUGCUCGGCAGGCAACUGCAAGCUGGACAGUAAUCCUACACCUGUGGUGACCAUCAACUACUACGAGGUUUGCCCUACCUUUGCUCUUGCCAACGGUGUCGUCUCCAACUCGCUCAUCACAUCCGCGCCCUUUGCGCCUGUUGGCGAUGCCCUGUCGCUGGCCUGCAACCCAGGCUUUAUGCUGAUCAAUGCUGGUGCGGGCAACACUGCCGAUGCGGACGACUGCGGCGUGUGCUUUGGCAACGGCACCUCUUGCCGCGGAUGCGACGGUGUCAUCGGCUCGCCGGCUGUGGUGGACGAGUGCGGCGUUUGCGACGGAACGAACGAGUGCUUGUCGACCUCGACACCGUUCUCACCGCCGUCGCUCGCUAUCGCCGCUGUUGCUGGCAUCGGCGCAGGAUGCAUCCUUCUCACCGCGCUGCUUGCCGCCAUCGUUAUCCUCGCCUUGCGUGCCCGCGGCACCAAAGCCGGCGUUGUGCUUGCGGCACCAGGCGCGGCCGACAUCCUUGUCGUCGUGCUCACUCUUCCGCACUCGGACGAGCUUCAGGCCGACCUGCAGCCCUCGGAGUUCUCCGCCAUGCUUGACAGCAUGGUCGAGUCAUGGGAGCAGACGAUUACUGUUUUCGGCGGAACCGCCAUCAAGCGCGGCGGCCGGCUCGACAUGAUCGCCGCUGCCUCGUUUGGCCGGGACGCGAGCCUCGAUGCUCUUAUGGCCGCGCUAGCGGUCCACGACGCGCUGCUCAAUGUAGACUGGUCGGCGGCCGUCCUCGAUCAUCCUCGCGCAGCUCCAGUCCGUCGGCUAGAGCCGAACUUGUCUGGUCAUCGCAUCCCGGGCACCAUCAAGUACCUGUGGCGCGGGCCGCGCACUGUUAUCAGUAUUCUGGCCUGCUCGCCCGUUUCCGAGGAUGGAACCGAUGAGGUCGGCCCCAUCUGCCUCGACAAGGCGGUUGCCGUCAACAGCGUUGGGCAAACUGGCCAUGUCAUUGUCACCCGUCUCGCGCUCUCGACUCUUCCUGCUGAGCUCCCGAGCGACAUCUGUGUCGAUUCUGGUUCUGAGAUACCAGUCAUGGCCAUCGGCGACGAGGCGCUCCGCGUCACCGCUGUCGGCUCGGUCACCACCGCCCGCAAGCUCAUGUCACCGCCCUCGCAAUCGACGUUGUCAGCCUCAUCAGAGCUGGACUCGACCACAUCCGCCUCGGCCAGCGAGAUUGCAAGCAAUCCGGAGGAGAUUCCGCGAUUUGGUGCGUCUUCGCAGCUCGACUCGGUCGGCUACUCCUCGGCUACUGACUCGUCGGGUAUUGUCUCGGGCUCAAGCCCCGGCUCGACCUGCGAUGAGCCGGCUCCGUCGGCGCGGGUCAACAAGCGGAAUGCGCGGCUCCGCGGGAUUGCAGGCAUUGGCUCGAUGGGCAACGUCGCUCCGCGCAAGAGCAGGUUAGACCGAGUCCGCGGUCUUGGCGGUCGUGGUGCCAAUGUGUCGAUGCCACUCGGCCACGAGCCUGAGCCCACCUCCUCCCCGCCCCUCGAUGUCGCCCACGACGACGGCUCGAUUCUCUUCGGUGAUCUCUCUCUCGAGCUAGACGAGGUCGAAGCCGCCAGCAGUGUGGCUCCCAUCCCCGCCCUCCCCGUCAGCCCUGCUCGCCGCGCCGAGGCCCGUCUUCCAUCGCAGAUCUCGAUCGAGCGUCUGCAAGCCGAUCUUGGCCACGAGUAG